GUAUAAAACCCUGAACUUUCCCGUUGAAGUCAUUGACCCUCCACUGCUCUGCAAUCCAGCAAAUCGACCAGAAUUUCCUUUUUUUUUUUGCUUGCGCAACACGACUCGUUUGAUUCUUUUUAUUGCCUUUGACUCCUAAAUAUUUCAACAAUUUUCUUUUCAUUUUUUCCUUUAAUUUCCGUCAAAUUUUGUUCAAGGAAUCAUAUAACGUAACAUUUCAGCUCCAAAAUGGGAAGAUUCAACUGGCUAGGUCUAUGUCGACGGCAUUUGCUUUCAACCAUGGCUGUGGAAUCGGCGAUUGAUAGAAGCGACGGGGUUAGGAAACUUUCUGCAUUAUUCCAAUCGUUAAAUUGUGAAAGAGCUUUGCACAGUUGCAGUUUUGAUAUUGGGAAACCUUCUGAUUUUACAGUCACUGGAAUGCCGUUGAGAGAGCGUUAUUUCCAUGCAACCGGGCCAUGCUGCUCUGCUAAACAAGACUACUAUGAAAUUCUUGGAGUACCGGAAAAUGCUACUCGAGAUGAAAUUAAAAAGGCCUAUCGUGCUCUUGCCAAGAAGUACCAUCCUGAUGCAAAUAAGAAUAAUCCUUCUGCAAAGAGGAAGUUCCAAGAGAUAACGGAUGCCUAUGAGACUUUGCAAGAUGCGAAGAAGAGGAGAGAAUAUGAUAGGACACAUGUUAGAAGUUCAAAAGACACGGAAUUUGGUGCAGAUGGUGCUCAAGGGUUUAGAUUUUAUGAUGCAAGUGGUGCACGAGGGUUUAGAUAUUCUUAUCAAACAAACUUCUCUGAUUCUUUCUCUAAGAUAUUUUCUGAGAUAUUUCAAGAUGAGAUGGAUCAAUUUGCACCAGAUAUCCAGACAGAGCUGUUGCUCUCUUUUUCUGAAGCUGCUAAAGGAUGCACAAAGGAUCUAUGUUUUGAUGCAUUUGUUCCUUGUGAUUCUUGCGAUGGGCGUGGCUAUCCACUUAAUGCCAAAGUGAAAGUUUGUCCAACUUGCAGAGGCACAGGGACGGUUACAAUUCCUCCAUUUACAUCAACAUGCAACACUUGUAAAGGAUCAGGACAAAUAAUCGAGGAAUACUGUAUAUCAUGCCAAGGAUCAGGGGUUGUUGAAGGUGUUAAAGAAGUUAAAGUUACAAUACCUGCAGGUGUGGAUUCUGGAGAUACAAUAAGUAUACCAGAAGCUGGUAAUAUUAGACGACAAGGAAGUCAACCUGGUAACUUGUUCAUUAAAAUAAAGGUCGCAGAUGAUCCUGUCUUUGCUAGAGAUGGUGCAGAUGUUUAUGUCAACUCUAAUAUUAGCUUUACUCAAGCAAUUCUUGGUGGUAAAGUUGAGGUGCCUACCUUGUCGGGGAAGAUUCAAGUGAAAAUACCAAAAGGAUGUCAACAUGAAGAACUUCUGGUUCUAAGAGGCAAAGGACUGCCGAAGCAUGGUUUUAUAGUACAUCAUGGAGAUCAAUAUGUCCGUUUCCGUGUUAAUUUGCCCACUGUGAUAAAUGACCGGCAGCGUGCUAUUUUAGAGGAACUUGCGAAGGAGGAAAUUAAUAUUGAAAACAACAGCACUGUUGAAGGCAACUGGUGGGAAACAAUUCUUGAGCAUGUGAUGAGUCCUAAGUUUGUGAUUGAGUUUUCUCUGCUCCUGCUAAUCCUUCUCAUCCUGAGGAAGACAAUGAGCUAAACUGACUCAAGGCAAUGAAGACAUGCAUGCCAACGGAGGAUACAGGAAAUGCGCGCACCCCUUCCGUCCAUUUUUUAAGGGGGAAGGGUUCAAUUCUCUUACCAAUAGUUCCAUUUGUUACCAAUUAUUUGGGCAUCAAAUGAAUGCCUCUUUUUUCUCACCUUUAGUACUCUAGCUGUUUACACAUGAUAGUUGUUGGAUAGAGCUUGCUUUCAACCACACAAUAAAUGAAAAGGAACAUUCGUUUUACUUGCA